GGUCACAGUACAAGGUGACCGCUGUAGGAAAAGAACUGGAUGUUAUAUGCCUGUAAUUUCCCUUUCUCUGUACUUUAGCGGAGUUGUUACGAAACGUAAAAACAAAGGUUUUAUAAUCGAAUCCUUUCGUCCAAUCAGAGAACGGAGCGCAGCCCACGUGAUUUUUUUUAUGUAACGAAGCGGAGUAGAAUGAUAAUUUUACUGUAUCUGUAGUGUGCGGUGAAUAACUAAACUACAUAGCAGUCAGAGGGCAUCGCGCUUUAAUGUAUUGAGAUGUUUUGUCCAUAUUUAUGAUAUCUGACACUUUGUCUCCUUAAUCCGCGAUGUCUGUUCUACAUUCCGACAGUAGGAUCUUCAGAGAUCCCAGUUUAUGUAGAGAAACUACGUGGGACGAGGGGGGUUGUGUAGAUCAGAUAUUCAUUUUACAGAAAGCUUUCAUGCUGGCAUCAGAAAACCGCGUUAAAGAAGCACUAGAUUCUUUCUCCGUGGCCUUACAGUAUGGUCCUGUCAGACCACAACAACUAAGUGCUUUAGUUGACAGUAUCUUGCGAAACUCCAGCGGUAAUACGCCGUCAGACAGCUGCUCUGGAGACUCCAGUGCCGUGUUUACUUGUCCGAGCUGUCGUGGAUUUCUCUGCGAGCCCGUAACUGUUGCUUGUGGACAUUCUUACUGCAAAAGGUGUUUGCGACGGCACCUGAUCUCCAAAUGUACGCUGUGCCAGGAGACCACCGACGCGGCGAUCGGGACUGAGAAGGUGGGGACACUGAAACCAAACGUGAUUCUCAACUACCUUUUGGAAAAGUGGUUCCCUGCAGAGACAAAACGGUGUAAAGUCAUCGGAGAAAUUGAAGAUCUGUCCAGAAGAAGACUUUUUGACAAAGCUUUGGCUCUUGCCAAUGAGGUGAUUGAAUCAGGUCCCGGUGAUAUGCUUGCUCUAGCGUAUCGAGCAGAGGCGUAUGCUGGGCUUGGGAGCUACGAGUCAGCCCUGAAUGAUCUGGAGGUUCUGUGUGAGAGCUCCCCCCACUGGCCAGAGGGCUAUUUUCGGAAAGGCAAUGUACUGCGGAAAAUGGGCCACGUGGACGACGCUCUGCAGGUGUUCCUCCACUGCCUGGCUCUGGAUGCAGAUUUUAUUCUCGCAAGGAAGGAAGUGGAAAAGAUCCUUUAUGACCUGCUGUUGCCUGCUUCUGCGGAUGCCAGACUGGCCCAGCAGGUGGCAGACUUGAGCUCGUCCUCCUGCCUGCCCAGGAAGAUGGCACUGGUGAAUACCCAAGUGCAAGCAUCCCCCCCGUCACUCCUAGACCAAAAGGAGGACUGUGACGUACCCCCUCCUCCACCAGCUUUGGGGGAACUGAGACUGAGGAGCUCCACCUUACUGUUAACUCCCCAAGACCAAGACCUGCCGAAGAGGAAACUACCUGUCUCUGCUGAAGGGAGGAGCAAACUCCUGAGACAAGAAGAUGCCACAGUGCCCUCUAGAGGGGUUCCCAGGGAGCUGCUGGAGGCCAGUGACUUUGAGUGUUCUCUCUGUAUCAGACUGUUCUACGAACCGGUGACCACGCCCUGUGGACACACGUUCUGCCGAAGCUGCCUGGAACGGUGCCUGGAUCACGCCCCUCAGUGUCCACUCUGCAAGGAUAGCCUACGGGAGUUCCUAGCGAGCAAGAAGUUCAGCGUGACGCCGGUGCUUGAGACACUGAUGAAGACGCUUCUCCCUGAGGAGUAUCUGGAACGCCUGAGGAGCCACUCUGAGGAGAUGGAGGAGCUCUCAAAUAGCUUGAGGAGGGGUGUGCCCAUGUUCAUCUGCACCAUGGCCUACCCCACCGUGCCCUGCCCGCUGCACGUGUUUGAGCCCCGCUACCGCCUCAUGGUCCGCCGCUGCCUGGAGACGGGCACCAGGUGCUUCGGCAUGUGCAUCAGUGACCCGCAGAAGGGGUUUGUGGACUAUGGCUGCAUGCUGCAGAUCCGCUGCGUCCACUUCCUGCCGGAUGGUCGCUCGGUGGUGGACACGGUGGGCGGUGAGCGCUUCCGCGUUCUGGCCCGGGGGAUGAGGGAUGGCUACCACAUCGCCGACAUCGAGUACCUGGAAGACGUGAAGGUGACGGAUGCGGAGGAGAUGCUGAAACUCCAGGAGCUGCAUGACCAGGUGUACAGACAAGCACACACCUGGUUUGGGAGCCUUGAGCCGCGUUUCCGCGACCAAAUACUGCAGCAUUUUGGCCCCAUGCCAGCAAGAGAGAUAGACAUACAGGCCACAGCAAACGGACCGGCCUGCUGCUGGUGGCUCCUAGCAGUGCUGCCCGUAGACCCGCGGUACCAGCUGUCAGUGCUGUCCCUGCUGUCACUGCGCGAAAGGCUGCUGAAGAUCCAACAGAUCCUCACCUACCUGCAAAAUGUUCCCGACCCCUGACCCCAGUGACCCUUCAUAUUUCUGGCGGGAAAAUGUCUCGUGGGGUGUUUUAGCAAUUUCCGUGAAAUUCCGAGUACAAGCAACGUCAAGUUCUGCUUCGUGACACUUUGCAUUUGAUGACUCUGCACUACUUUCGUGUGGCGUCCUUGUGGAACGUGAGGCAACAUGUGCUUCUGCCUUUUAGCUGACAGAGGUGCACAGCCUCCUAAAUCUAAGACCCACAUCAGUCAUCCAUGGUGUUGAAAGUAACCUGUAAUGGCUAGUCUGCAUUUUUUGUUCUGUUCUGUUCAGUAUUCAUUAAUUCACUACCUUCACUAUUUCACCAAAUUAGAUUAUUUUUUUUUAAAUCAAACUUAAUUUUGCACUUUAUAUAAUAAUAUCAGGAGCAAUUAUUGUGGGAAUAUUUGCAGCAUUUAAAUUAAGUAAAUGAUGUGUUUAUUGCAUUUAGAUUAUCUCUGUUUUGUUGGCGGGUGUGACGGUUUGAUGUAUCCGUCGUGCAUGGAGAGUCGUACUGUGGCUCUCGAAGUGAGGCGUUUGCAUGUUUAAAUUGGAGGAGGAGAUGUGAAAGGAUCUUCAAGUCCAACUUUGCACAGUUUAUGGUGUAGAUACCAGCUGAAUGGUUCUGGACAUUCAGCCUGUUAAGGGGACCGUCACAACCACAGAGGAGCAGGAUAACUGUGCCUUAACGUUGCGUUGUGUUGCACCUGAGAUGUUUCGACAAACUUACUGCUUCUGUGUCAGAUUCAGGCUUUGAAGUUUGUAAAUCAUUCAUGAAGAUUUUUUAUAGUUUUUUUGUCUGUAUUGUUUAAGUUAUCAAAUUUAAGUAAAUAAAUUUAUACCUUGCUUGGA